AUGACAAAUGCCCUCAAUCCACGUUACACCCCUCCAAGCAGGACUGUUCUAUCAAACACCCUCAUCCCUGCAUGGUAUGAAGUGGAAAAGCAGAAUGUCAUUACAGAGCUGGCAAAUGUUAGUAAGGUAGCCAUUACAAGUGAUGGGUGGACUAGCUUAGCGCAAGACCACUACAUUACUGUGACCGCCCAUUACAGCAGCCAAGGCAAGCUUCAGCAAAAAGUCCUCCGGACCAAAGCUGUCUACAGAGCGCAGACCGGGGAAACAGUGGCAGUGGAGAUUGGGGAGGUGUUGGAAGAGUUUGGCAUUACUCAAAAGGUGGUUGUCAUGACUGUAGACAACGCGUCCAACAUGGAUGUUGCUGCAAAGAAGCUGGACAUCCUCAAACUGGGUUGCUUUGCCCACACCCUUAACUUGGCUGCGCAAAAAGUUUACAGCAUUGCUGCGAUGACCCGGUGGGCAGCAAAACUAAGAGCAGUCAUCGUGUGGAUGAAACGAUCUUCAAUGGCGAAGGUAGUGCUAAAAGAAAAGCAGCUCCUUCUCAAACUUCCUCAGCACACCAUGAUACUGGAUGUGAAAACCAGGUGGAACUCCCUGUUUCUGAUGGUUGAGAGGUUCCUUGAGCAGUAUCCGGCUCUCCAAGCUGCAGUGUUGGAUCCACGUAUAAGAAAGCCCAUGGAGAGGGACCGACUGGAUAGGAUCACAGAUGAGGACUUUACCAAAGCAGAGGAGUUCAUAAAGGUCAUGAAGGUCCUGUACACUUCUACACUGUGUGUAUCUAGUGAGAAAACCCCCACCUGUGGACAGAUCCUUCCGAUUCUCAUGAAACUGAAGACCCACUUCACAGUUCAGGAAGGAGACUCUUCAUUUGUAUCCGACAUUAAACGGAAGGUUUUAACUGACCUAUCCGGACGUUACCAGGAGGAAAAAAUCCAACAGUUCCUCGAAGAGGCGACAGCGAUGGACCCAAGGUUUAAAGCCAAAAGUGUCAGGCACACCACCUGGGAACGUUUGCAGGAGGCAGCUGUAGCAACAAAUGCUACAGAAGCUGAUGUCCCAAUCCCUGAGUCCCAUGAGGACAGCGACACAACCGAGGAGGCUAUGUAUGAGAAUCCUCGGGUUGAAGUCAGUCCACCACCACAACCUAAGAAGAGUGCCUUGGAGGAGCUAUUUGCCGAGGAGGAACAAGAGCGACGGACCAUCCAUAUGAACAACUCCAACAUCAGCAUUCAGCAGAGAGUAUGUGAGGAAAUCCAGCUCUACAGAAGCCUGCCUAUGAUUUCUAUAGCAGAGGACCCAGUUCUCUGGUGGUGGACAAAGAGAGACACCCUGCCCCUGCUAGCGGAUCUCUCUCACGGCUACCUUACUGUCCAAGCGUCUUCGAGCCCUUCAGAGAGGGUGUUUUCCACUGCUGGGGACACCAUCAGCCAGGAGCGUUCGAGGAUCAUGCCUGACAAGGCAGACAUGUUAAUUUUUCUGCAAAAAAAUACCUGUUAA